GGACGACCGUUCUCGGUUGCGACGGAAGCGAUCCGCGGACCGCUGAAGGAGCUCCGCAACCGGAAAUGAAACGAACUCGCAGCGGACGAUGCAUCGGGGACCAAGACCAGGACGCGAUACACACAUGCGAAGGCUAAGCCGUUGCUGGGGCUUUAGUCUAAAAUGGACGACGAGAUAUCAUUAUUAUUGGUGGUGAUACUAGCGAUAGGAGGUGUGAUGAUGAUGACGGCCUUGCUCUCGUGCUACGCCUGCAUAUUUCGCGAUCUGUGUUGCCGUCGAGGAGAAUCGGUCAAGAGAAGACGAAGUCCACGAAGUCCUGUGCAGGGUUCCGACAGGAAUCGUAGACCUCAAACGGAAGGGAUUCCAUUAAAUGACAUUACUCAAGGAGAGAGCAUGCCUACCGAGUCUGAAAAGGUUUAA